UAUCUUCCAUUCACUCAGAGGAGCCCCUCUGUCCCCUCUCCAGAAGGAGAUCCGUCCUUCUGGAACGCUCCUUCCCUCACGGGGACAGAAGCUUCUGGAGGUCCAACCACGAGGUUAAGACCGGGAGCCGAGGUGUGUUCAAGAGGAAGACUUGUGAACAGAGACGGAGAAGGACAGAAGCCAACAUGGCUCUGCUGUGCUACAACAAAGGCUGUGGGGAGACGUUUGACCCCAGCAAGAACAAGGACGAUUCCUGCCUCUUCCAUCCUGGAGUUCCCAUCUUCCAUGACGCCCUGAAGGGAUGGUCCUGCUGUAAGAAAAGGACGACAGACUUCUCUGAGUUCCUCUCCAUCAAGGGCUGCAGCCGCGGGCGCCACAGCAACGUGAAGCCCCAGGAGCCUCUGAGACCGGAGGUGCUGUCAGAUAAGGCCGACGUUAAACACACCAACAACCAGGAGAUCAUCUACCAGGGUCCCAAAUCAGCCGAGGCGUUGAAGAGAGAGAGACCCAGUUCGGAGGAGCCUAUGACCAAGCUGCCCUACAAAGUGUCAGCAUCACUGGUCCAGGCGCUGGAGAAGCUGGGCAUCAACCAGAGAACAGAAGCAGAGCAAAAAGAGGGACAGAGCGUCGUGCAUGGGACGCGCUGCAAAAACACCGGCUGCAAAACGAUCUACCAAGGCCCGGACACAGACCUGGAGGCCUGCACCCACCACCCUGGAGCACCCGUCUUCCAUGAAGGGUAUAAAUACUGGAGCUGCUGCUGCAUAAAGACAACAGAUUUUGACGCUUUCUUGGACCAGAAGGGCUGCACCACAGCAAAACACCGCUGGAUCCCUAAACAGGACAAGAAGAAGGUUGCGUGUCGAUAUGACUGGCACCAGACUGGGAAUAGCGUCGUUUUAACGAUUUACGCCAAGAACUCAAACCCUGAUUCCUGCAGCAUCGAAGCCAACCAGACGGUGGUCUCAUGUCAAAUCCAGUUUGAGAGCAACAAGAUUUUCAGAAGAAACUUCCACCUCUGGGGGGUCAUCAAUGUGAAACAGAGUUCUGUCAACAUGGUCCCAACCAAAGUGGAGAUCACGCUUCGAAAGGCUGACCAGGUGGCCUGGGGCAAACUGGAGGACCCGAACUACAAACCUGAACCAGAACCCGUAGAGGAAGACUUCCUGGAAAUCCCAGAGUCUUACCAGCCAGACUGGGACAUCAACGAUGACGACAUCAGCGACUCGGACGAGGAAGAGGCGCCCGAAGUCACCCAGCAGAAAAUAACAGAGCAGAUUACUGAAGGGCUGAUGAAGAAGCAGCAGGAGAUGCAGAAUUCAAAAAGGAAGGAGGUGGAGGAGGAGAUGAAGAGGGUGAUGGAGGAGAAAAUGAGGGCAGAAGAGGAGAAGAGAAAGAUACAGGAGCAAAGGAAGCAAGAAGACCAGGAGGGAUAUGAAGACAUGCCAGACCUGGAGGAUGGAGAAGCCGAUGUGGAGUGACUCUGACCAGAGGGGAUUUAGUGGUUUUGAACUCAUUUUGUUUUUAAAGCAACAAAUAAAAACAGUUUCUGUAAUUUUCAUUUAACCAAUAAUUGUAGAGAGACCUUCAUGGCCACGAUGGAUCAAACGAGAUGAACAGACACUUUCACACUUGAAUAAAUCAUUUAAUCUGCA